UAGGACCUUUCCUUCAUGUGGAGCAGGCGCGCAUCAUGGCUGAUCCCCGGGGCCCUGUAGACCAUGGAGUCCAAAUUCGCUUUAUAACAGAACCAGAGGAUGCUACUGAGAUGGGUACCCUUCGUCGUGGUGGGAGGCGCCCUGCUAAGGACGCCAGAGCCAGUACCUACGGGGUCGCUGUGCGUGUGCAGGGCAUUGCCGGGCAGCCCUUUGUGGUGCUUAACAGUGGAGAGAAAGGGACUGACUCCUUUGGCGUCCAAAUCAAGGGGGCCAACAGUCGGGGGUCCCCAGGAACGCUGAGCUCUGAUUCGGAGCUCCCUGAGAACCCCUACUCUCAAGUCAAGGGAUUUCCAGCCGCUUCUCAGGGAAGCACCUCUGAUGAGGAGCCCAGGGAGCACUGGAAAGGAAGGCUGCUCCGUUCCCAGUCGCAAGCCUCUCUGACAGGCCUUGCUUCUGUGGGUCCCAGCAACAGGAGCACCAGCUUGCUGGAACUAGCCCCUCAAAAGACUGUCCCGGUGAACACCAUCGACACUGCCCCGUUGUCUUCAGUGGACUCGCUCAUCAGCAAGUUCGAUAGUCAGAAGGGAGCCCAGGUUCGGGGCCGGGCUGCCCGCCGCACGCGGACCCUUCCCCAAGAACAGCGCAAGCGGAGCCAGAGUCUGGACAGCAGGCUCUCGAGGGACACCUGCGAAGAUCGGGAACGCCGGUCACCCAACCACUGGACCCCAGGCACAAAGUAUGACCACUAUGUGGACAGUUCAAAGCAGCCAUCGUCCAAGAGCCAGAGCCCUCUCAGCAGCUUCAGCCGGUCCCGUCAGACUCAAGACUGGGUGCUUCGGAGUUUUGAGGAGCCGCGGGAGAAAGCACAGGAUCCCUCCAUGGUGCAGUUCAAAUCAACUCCAGACCUUCUCCGAGACCAGCGGGAGGCAGCAGCACCAGGCAGUGUGGACCAUGUGAGGGCCACCAUCUAUGGCAUCCUCAGGGAGGGAAGCGUGGAGAGUGAGGCAUCCGUGAGGAGGAAAGUCAGUCUGGUGCUGGAGCAGAUGCAACCUCUGGGGAUGGUUCCUCCUGCUUCUACUAAGGCCCUGGCAGGGCAGGGUGAGCUAACCCAAAAGAUGGAGGAGCUCCAGAGAAGGCUGGACGAAGAAGUGAAGGAGCGGCAGAAGCUGGAGCCGUGCAGGGUUGGGCUAGAGAGGCAGCUGGAGGAGAAGGCAGAAGAGUGUAACCGGCUGCAGGAGCUGCUGGAGAGGAGGAAGGGGGAGGCCCAGCAGAGCGCCAAGGAGCUUCAGCACACGAAGCUGCUCCUGAGCCAGGAAGAGGGGCUGCGGCACGGGCUGGAGAGCCAGGUGAGGGAGCUGCAGGCCACGCUGAAGCCGAGUCCGGAGCCUGGGAAGGAGACGCUCCUGAAGGACUUGAUGGAGACCCGGGAACUUCUGGAAGAGGUCUUAGAAGGCAAACAACGGGUAGAGGAGCAGCUGAGGCUGCGGGAACGCGAGCUGACAGCCCUGAAGGGGGCCCUGAAGGAGGAGGUGGCUUCCCACGACCAGGAGGUGGAGCACGUCCGGCUGCAGUACCAGCGAGACACGGAGCAGCUUCGCCGGAGCAUGCAAGAUGCGACCCAGGACCAUGCUGCAAUGGAAGCUGAGAGGCAGAAGAUGACUUCCCUGGUGCGGGAGUUGCAAAGGGAGCUAGAGGAGACCUCAGAGGAGACAGGGCAUUGGCAGACCAUGUUCCAGAAAAACAAGGAUGAGCUGAGAGCCACCAAGCAGGAACUGCUGCAGCUGCGGAUGGAGAAGGAGGAGAUGGAGGAGGAGCUGGGGGAGAAGAUGGAGGCCUUACUGAGGGACUUGGAGCAGGCCCGAGCCGGUGCGAAAGACAGUCACCAGGUUGAAGAGCUUAGAAAGGAGCUGCGCCGCACCCAGGGGGAGCUUAAAGAGCUUCGGGCAGAGCGGCAGAGCCAGGAGGUGGCUGGGCGACAGCGGGACCAGGAGUUGGAGAAGCAGCUGACCGUGCUGAGGGCCGAGGCUGAUCGAGCCCGAAACCUGGAGCAGCAGAACCUCCAGCUGCAAAAGACGGUGCAGCAGCUGCGGCAGGACUGUGACGAGGCUUCCAAGGCUAAGGUGGCAUCUGAGGCAGAGGCCAUGGUGCUGGGGCAGCGUCGGGCAACAGUGGAAACCACGCUUCGGGAGACCCAGGAGGAAAACGAUGACUUCCGAAGGCGCAUCCUGGGUUUGGAGCAGCAGCUGAAGGAGGCCCGGGGCCUGGCGGAGGGCGGGGAAGCGGCGGAGGCUCGACUUCGCGACAAAGUGCGUCGGCUGGAGGUAGAGAAACAGCAGCUACAGGAGGCCCUGAGUGCCGCCCAGGAGGAGGAGGGGAGCCUGGCAGCUGCCAAGCGGGCCCUAGAGGUCCGGCUGGAGGAGGCCCAACGGGGGCUGGUGCGCCUCGGGCAGGAGCAGCAGGCACUGAACCGGGCCCUGGAGGAGGAGGCCAAGCAGCGAGAGGCUCUCCGGAGGAGCAAGGCAGAGCUGGAGGAGCAGAAGCGCUUGCUGAGCAGGACCGUGGACCGACUCAACAAAGAGCUAGAGCAGAUUGGGGAUGACUCCAAGCUAGCCCUGCAGCAGCUCCAGUCCCAGAUGGAGGAGUACAAGGAAAAGUCCCGCAAGGAAGUGGCUGAUGCCCAGCGCCAGGCCAAGGAUUGGGCCAGUGAGGCUGAAAAGAAUUCAGGGGGCUUGAGCCGGCUUCAGGAUGAGCUGCAAAGGUUGCGGCAGGCCCUCCAGACGUCUCAGGCUGAGCGGGACACAGCCCGGUUGGACAAAGAGCUGCUGGCCCAGCGGCUGCAGGCGCUAGAGCAGGAGACUGAAAACAAGAAACGCUCCCAGGAUGACAAGGCUCGACAACUGAAGAGCCUCGAGGAGAAAGUCUCACGACUGGAAGCAGAGUUAGACGAGGAGAAGAGCACCGUGGAACUGUUAACAGAUCGGGUGAACCGAGGCCGGGACCAGGUGGAUCAGCUGCGGACAGAGCUCAUGCAGGAGAGGUCUGCCCGGCAGGACUUGGAGUGUGACAAAGUCUCCUUGGAGAGACAGAACAAGGACUUGAAGACCCGGUUGGCCACCUCAGAAGGCUUCCAGAAGCCCAGCGCCAGCCUCUCCCAGCUGGAGUCCCAGAAUCAACUGUUGCAAGAGCGGCUGCAAGCCGAAGAGAGAGAGAAGACAGUCCUGCAGUCCACCAACCGGAAGCUGGAGCGGAGGGUUAAGGAGCUCUCCAUCCAGAUCGACGAUGAACGGCAGCACGUCAACGACCAGAAAGACCAGCUAACCCUGAGGGUGAAGGCUCUGAAGCGUCAGGUGGAUGAAGCGGAGGAGGAGAUCGAGCGGCUGGACAGCCUGAGGAAGAAGGCGCAGCGGGAAGUGGAGGAACAGCACGAGGUUACCGAACAGCUCCGGGCCCGGAUCAAAUCCUUGGAAAAGGAUGCCUGGCGAAAAGCUUCCCGUUCAGCGGCCGAGUCAGCCCUCAGAGAAGACGGCCUGAGCUCGGACGAGGAGUUUGACGGCGUCUACGACCCUUCAUCCAUUGCGUCACUGCUCACCGAGAGCAACCUGCAGACCAGCUCCUGUUAGCGCGCGCUCUUAGGUUCCGAGGACCGCGAACGCGCUCGCUGCGGUCAAGCCUGCC